AUGGACCACGCAGUACAUGUAGAAUCCGAUAGCAUCUCGGAGACCGAUGACCAAACCAAAGUGUGGGAGUCCGAUCCUCGCUCCGUGACGGCUCAUCUCGCUCAUGACUCAGCUCACGCGACUCUCCCGACGGAGUGUGGCAUCGGCCACCGCGUCCAAGCUAGUCGGUCGGUCCUAGCCCUGGUUUUAGAUCAGGAGUGUGUCUUCGCUGGGCUUCAGGGAGGAGACAUUGUCGCAUGGUCCUUGGAAACUUACGAUCUCGUUCUCUCAGUGCAUGCUCAUCAAGAGAGCGUGCUUGAUCUAUUCCUCUCUGAAGACGGAGAGCUUCUCUUCUCUAGUGGAGGAGAUUCCGUCGUCAAUGUUUGGUCCACGAGGACCUUUGACCGGCUUUAUUCCAUCCACUCCCAUCACGAUGUGGGUGACAUCUUCGCUGUGGCCUACUCGUCCAGCUUAAAGACGAUAUACUGUGGUGGUCAAAACACCAGCAUCCAGUGGUGUGAUAUAUCGCAGCCGGAUGCGGCUUUGACCAGGCAUUCGGCCGCUCAGCUGUCCAGACGGACCCAUCGAUUCUUUGACUCACGUGGUCCGGACGGUAGUCGGGCUCCCAGAUCGGACCCUGGCUCCGAUGGCGUUCAUCGAGGUGGUCAGGUUCUCACCUUCAAACGGGACCACCACCGCCUAUUUUCGCACCAUGGCUACAUCUACACUAUGCGUCUAGUGAGAGGGCUGAUUGAGUCAGCCCCCACUGAAGAGGUGCUCCUGACUGGCGCAGGUGAUGGUGUGGUCAAGAUGUGGCGCCUAAACGAAGACAAGGACAAUGCAGUGCCGUCGCCGAUUGCGAAGCUCCAAAACGGAGACCCGGUCCUUUCUAUCGCUGUUGAGGGCUCGUUCCUCUACUGUGGUCUUGCAGGGGGUUCCUUGAAUAUCUGGAAUCUGGACUCUCACCAGCUGGUGAAGCGAAUCUCCAUGCAUACGGGUGACCUGUGGGCAGUCGAUAUCAUUAACGGCGUCGCAGUGUGCGGAGACUCCAAUGGUAAGUUUAACUCGCGGUUUGAGGAGAUCGGUAGCUGGGUGGCUCACGGAGGCACCAUGUUGGCGUCGUCAUCCGGUCGCUUCAAGGAUCGUUACAUCUACGCUAGCGGUGGUAACGAUAAUACUGUUGGUAUUUGGGAUUUAACGGAUGUAUCUCGCGCUCAGGGCGAGCAGCCUCCAAUUAACAACGAUGAAAUGGUCAACUGCUUAUCUAAGUUCGUGGCAUUUAAGACGAUCUCAUCGAGCCCGAAGUUUGCCGGCGAGUGCAACCAGGGUGCUGCAUUCCUCCGCCGGCACUGCAUCUACCUGGGCGCCAAAACUAAAUUAUUGACCACUGGGGAGGAUACGAAUCCAAUUGUGCAUGCGCGAUUCGCCGCCACGGCCUUGGACAAGGUCGAUAAAACGAUCCUGUUCUAUGGUCACUACGAUGUCGUUGGAGCCGAUGCCCACCGGGCCAAGUGGAACACGGAUCCGUAUCAACUAACCUCCAUUGAUGGUUUCUUGUACGGGCGCGGCGUGUCAGAUAACAAAGGCCCCAUCCUGGCGGCCCUGUAUGCUGCUGCCGACCUUGCGCGACAGAAAGCGCUCCGCUGCAACGUCGUCUUCCUUAUUGAGGGUGAAGAAGAAUCGGGGUCCCAGAACUUCCAUGAGACAGUUCGCAAACACAAGCCAGAAAUCGGCCCGGUGGAUUGGAUCCUGCUGGCCAACAGUUACUGGCUGGAUGAUAAUAACCCAUGCUUGACCUACGGUCUACGCGGAGUGGUCCAUGCCAACCUCGUCGUUACGAGUGAUCAUCCUGAUCUGCACAGUGGUAUCGAUGGAAGUUCCCUGCUCGACGAGCCAUUGAAGGACCUGACCAUGCUUCUGGGCACCUUGGUCGGACCCAAGGGCCGCAUCAACCUCCCGGGCUUCCAACAACCGGUUCUCCCGCUCACCGAAACGGAACGCCAGCGCUACACCGCAAUUGCGGAGAUUCUUCUACCGCACCACCCUGAAAUUGCGGACAGUGAAGCCCUCAUCAAGUCCCUCAUGCAUCGCUGGCGUGAGCCGUCCCUGACCAUCCAUGCUGUCGAGGUGCCCGGAAGCAGCAAGAGCGCGACCACAACGAUAUCCCGCAAAGCCAAGGCCAGCCUGUCCAUCCGACUGGUGCCGAACCAGGAAGCGGACGAGGUGGCCACCAACCUGACCCUGUAUGCACAGGAGCAGUUUGAUCGACUGGACUCGCAGAAUGAUCUGACCAUUGAAAUCACGGGCAAAUCGGAUCCUUGGUUGGGCGAUCCGGACAACGAGAUCUUCGAGACCCUGGCGGAGGCAAUCACGGCGGCCUGGUCGCCCAAGAACAAGCCCCAGAAAUAUGCCUACCCGCCUAUUCAACGGGAGCACUCGGACCUGACGACCGGCGCCAAGCGGUCGAAGGAGCGGUCCGGUCUCCAGCGCAAGGACUCGGCGGAUAGCUUGGCAUCGCACAUUGACCGGAUCAUCAUGUCGACGACGACGUCCUCGGCAGAGAAGGCGGCCCGCCAGCGGUCGUCUCUGAACACGACGGUGCCCACGUCCUCGACCCUGGCGAGCAAAUCGGGGGCACCUGUCGCGGAUGAACCUGCGGGGACAUCGACUCCCCACGCUGCUGGGGAGAAGGCGUCCGGUGCGACUGGGGGAGAACGCGGCGGGUCCAGCGUGCGGCCGAUCUACAUCCGCGAGGGUGGAUCGAUCCCGACCAUCCGAUUUCUGGAGAAGGAAUUCUCGGCGCCCGCGGCGAAUCUACCGUGUGGGCAGGCCAGUGACAACGCGCAUCUGUACAACGAGCGGUUGCGGGUGGAGAAUCUGUACAAAAGCCGGGAGAUCUUUUCGUACGUAUUUUCGAAAUUGCCGGGAGCGGCUGUAGAUAGUUAG